CAGGAUCUAAGAUACCAUAAACACCGUUUUUCACUCUCCACAUUUAUAUAAGUAUGUCGUCUAAGCAGUCAUCAUCUUCAUCUCACUCAACUCCGCACCACUAUAUUUCGACUCUUCAUCAUCAUGGCGGAAUCGCGGCCAAAUACGGAGGUGGACUUGAAUAGUUGGCUGCCCAUAACGGCAUCUCGUAAAGCAAAAUGGUGGUAUUCCGCUUUCCAUUGCGUCACGGCCAUGGUCGGCGCCGGCGUCCUCGGCUUGCCGCUCGUCUUGGCUCGACUCGGCUGGAUCCCCGGGAUCGUUGCUAUAGCCGUUGCGUGGUUGGUGACGUGGUACACGGUGUGGCUCCUGAUUCAGCUCCACGAAUCGGAGUCGGGUAAGCGGUUCGACCGGUUCACGGAGCUGGGGCAACACGCCUUCGGAGAAUACCUAGGGUUCUGGAUGGUGAUGCCGCAACAAUUGAUUGUGCAAGUGGGAUCCGACAUCGUGUACAUGGUCACCGGAGGGAAAUCGCUCCAGAAAAGUUUAGCUCUCAUCACCCCACAAGCUGAUUUUAGAAAGACUUAUUACAUCUUGAUGUUUGCUGCCAUUCAAUUGGUACUCUCUCAAUCUCCCAACUUCAAUUCCUUGAAGAUAGUCUCUCUUCUUGCCGCCGUCAUGUCCAUCAGUUACUCCUUCAUAGCGACCGGCGCGUCCCUAUGGAAAGGCUUCGGCGAGCACCAUGUGGUUCACUACGGUUUCCGAUCGACGUCAACGGUGAAGAUCGUUUUCGACAUCUUCAGCAGCUUAGGUGUCCUUGCCUUUGCCUUCGCGGGCCACAGCGUGGCGUUGGAGAUUCAGGCGACGAUUCCUUCGUCCCUUGGGAACCCGUCGAAGAAGCCGAUGGCGAAGGGCGUCACCGUGGCUUAUCUCAUCGUAGCGCUGUGCUACUUCCCCGUCGCGAUAUCGGGGUUUUGGGCCUUCGGAAACCUAGUGGAAGAUGAUGUGCUUCUCUCUUUGGAGCACCCCAACUGGCUCAUUAGUGCCGCUAAUUUCAUGGUCUUCAUCCAUGUUAUUGGAAGCUAUCAGGUGUUCGGUAUGCCUAUUUUUGACAAAAUUGAAUCUACAUUAGUCACAAAGUGGCAUUGCACUCCUGGAAGACCCCUUCGCCUUGUAGCACGCAGUGCAUAUGUUGUGUUCACCGCAUUUAUGGCAAUCCUCCUCCCAUUUUUUGGAGGAUUAUUAGGAUUUUUCGGGGGACUAGCAUUUGCAAGCACAUCUUAUAUUAUGCCUUGUGCUGUUUGGCUAAAAACCCAAAAACCUAAACCAUGGAGCUUCCAUUGGAUUCUAUGUUGGAUUUCAAUGUUGAUUGGCAUUACUAUCAUGACGUUGGCACCAAUAGGAGGAGCUCACGAGAUCAUUGUUUCAUGGAAGAGUUACAAACUUUUUCAAUAAUAAUUUGGUCAUUUUUUUUUUAUAAAUGACCCAUUAGCAUAGCAUUUCUAUUUUUUCUUGAAAUGCUAUCCAUUUCAUAUAUUUGGCUAGCAUGUUUCAAUCAUUACGACAUAUACUUUGUUCUUUAUUAUUAAUACAAUGAAAUGCUAU